AUGACAGAGGAGCAGAGCAUUAGCGCAGCAUCGCGCACUCUGAUUAAUUUAAUUCGCUUAUUUCUCGUGACGGAUGUCGUUUUUGGACAAAUUCAGUAUUCAGUUCCCGAGGAACUAGCGCAUGGAGCUUUCGUGGGGAACAUUGUUGAAGAUUUAAAUUUAAAUAUCAGGAGGCUGAUUGCUCGGGAAUUUCGUCUCGUCACUGAUGGCACGAAUAGAUACUUCGAUGUAAACCUCCGAAACGGGAUUUUAUUUGUCAAUGAAAUAAUUGACAGGGAGCAAAUCUGUGGGCAUAUUUCAACCUGCAUAAUUUCUUUUGAAGUCGUGAUGGAAAAACCAUUGGAAAUAUACAGUGUUGACGUGGAGGUAAGAGAUAUAAAUGAUAAUUCACCCACUUUUGCAAAGAGCAAGAUUUUCGUUGAAAUCGCUGAAUCAUUUGCCCCAGGAGCGCGCUUUCCUGUGGAGGGCGCACACGAUUUGGACGUAGCCACCAAUUCUGUCAGCGCCUACCGGAUCAGUUCGAAUGAAUACUUCGGUCUCAACACACAGACACGAAGUGACAGCAGUAUAAUUGUUGAGUUGAUACUGGAGAAGUCAUUGGAUCGAGAAAAGGAAUCGUCAUUUCAUCUAGUACUGACAGCGAUGGACGCAGGCAAUCCGCAGCGAUCGGGUACAGCCGAAAUAAUAGUUACAGUUCUGGAUGCUAAUGACAACGCGCCUGUGUUCGAACACGAAAAAUAUGAAGUCAGCCUAUUCGAGAACGUCUCGAAAGGCUUUCGGGUCAUCCAGCUCAAAGCAAAUGAUGCAGAUGAAGGGGCGAAUGCUGAGGUACAGUACCUUUUCAAUACACAUACUUCUCAAAGAGUGCGUCAGCUGUUCAGGCUGAACGCAGAAAGUGGAGAAAUUGAAGUUCAAGGUGUUCUAGACUUUGAAGAUUCAAUUGUUUACGAAAUUGAAGUACAAGCUACGGACAAAGGCACCUUAGCACUGGCGGGACACACUCAAGUCCGAGUCACGUUAAUUGAUGUCAAUGACAAUGCUCCCGAAGUUAAAGUGACCUCAGUAUCCAACGCAAUCCCCGAAAAUGCGACAUUAGGUACUACAAUAGCUUUAAUUAGUGUAACGGACAGAGAUACUGGCGACAAUGGGAGAACUGAUUGUCAAGUGCCCAUGAAGAUUCCUUUUAAACUCCAUGAAUCUCUCAAGAACCAGUAUAAGUUAAUUACCAGUGGCAUCCUAGAUCGUGAAAUGGUUCCUUUUUACAACGUGUCUAUCGUAGCCUGGGACGCUGGGACUCCACGUCUUUACACAAAUAAAUCUAUAGUGGUGUCCGUAACAGAUAUAAAUGAUAAUGCGCCAAGAUUUACGCAAUCUUCAUAUGCUGUAUAUGUGAAGGAGAACAAUGCUCGGGGUUCUUCAUUUUUUACAGUUACGGCUUUGGAUCCUGAUUUUGGAGAAAAUUCGCGCGUAUCCUAUUCUAUUCUGGGUAACCAAUACGAAGAUGUUUCAGUUCCAAAUUAUAUUGAUAUUAAUUCCAACGAUGGCAAUAUCUAUGCGCUACGUUCUUUUGACUAUGAAGAAAUAAAAAGUUUUCAAGUUCUCGUGCAAGCAACGGAUAACGGAAUUCCUAAAUUGAGUAGCAGCACUACUGUUACUGUGACUAUUCUUGAUGAAAAUGACAAUGCUCCCGUAAUUAUUUCUCCUUUAGUGAGAAAUGGUUCAGCUACAUUGCGAAAGGUACCUCAGGCAGCAUUUCCCGGAUAUUUAAUUGCCAAGGUAAUUGCAUCUGACGCGGAUUCUGGCCAGAAUGCAAAACUUUCCUUUCAAUUACUUGGAGCCACUGACACUGGCCUAGUCAGCUUAGGGUUUCACUCUGGGGAAAUCAAGUUAGCACGGGCACUUACUGAUAAAGAUCUCACUACACAACGUCUGAAUGUCCUCGUGAAGGAUAAUGGGGAGCCAAACCUUUCGAAGAAGGUCUCCCUUUACUUUUCAAUAAUGAGCAGCGCUAAUGAAACAUUCGUUGAAUCUCGUGAUUUGCUCAAGAAAACUGAAUACAUCUCAUAUUUUAACUUGUACUUAAUAAUUAUUCUGGGGACAAUUUCCCUGAUAUUUUUUGUGACAAUUAUCGUCCUUCUUAUCGUUAAACUGCGUCAAGGUACAAAUGUUCGUCGUUACAAUUCUGGCUUUUGUUGUGCGCGUUCACAGUCCCUGGAUAAUUGUAAUCAGAGACAGAUUCCAGGAGAAUAUCUGAACUAUCUUGGAGAUAAUCAGACAAUCUCCGUUCGUGAUCGCCAGCGUUGCAGGAUGUAUUUAUCCGCAAGUUCGCCGGGGACUGACUUUUUCUUCAUGAAACCUUUCGAUGCAACUUUGCCCUGUACUGAGGUGAAGGAUAAUAGUAUAAACAGCUCGACAGAGGGACCUAAGGAAACAAUUUCAUUGAACGACAAGUAUCGCAAAAAGGAACAGUUAAAUAUACGUGGCCAAGAUUGUUUCAAAUCAUAGAACAACAAAAUUUGGAAGAUGGCAGCCUUCACUGGAAUUCCCAAAAUGAUCAACAGCAAAUCAUCAAUGCCAUUGCAGCAACACCCAACUAAUGUUUUCUGUAUAUGUGUCCUGGAAGGAUUUCUUUAUAAUGACUUCAUUAUCCAAUAUGCUUUUAAUGAUAUUACGGAAUUUCGUAAUUUAUAAAUUGGUAAUAAAUUUGCGUGUUUUUUUUUGUCAGGUCACAUGUAAAUUUUGAGCUCAAAUUCUGUUUUGAAUUCCUUUCAUCAAAGAGACAACUGAAAUGAUCAGUACUGUGUAAGACUGUUAUGCACGUAAUUAUUGUAAGAUAUUUUGAAGAAACUUGUAAAUUGUAUCCUGUAGAUUUGUUAACCAUUGACAGAUAUACAUUUAUGGACCCGUAAGCUAACAAUCUGCCUGUUAUGCAUGAAAAGGUGCAACAUGCAGCCAGCAAUAAAAGCUGUGAGUGAAACAAUAGGUCUUGGAUGAAACAAAUACUUGGAUAAGUUUGACGAAGAACCAUUCUCAUCAAAAAUACUCAUGCAUUCAUUAAUGAAAUUUCUUCAACCUUAUUCACUUGUGAGAUGUGGAUGGCGCUGGCUGGGUUGGCGUUUAUUGCCCCAUACUAGAUACCAUUGAACAGGUGAUGGUGAGACUAAUUUGAAAUCGUGAAACCAGAUUUAUUUUGCUAGAUAUAAUAUUUAAUAGAGACUAUUAAAAUUCUUAAUUACUAUGAAUCAUAUUUAACAAAAUUCUGAUUUUUGUGGCAACGUAUCAAAACAUGAGGAAUUUACAUCCAAGAUUAAUCAACAGGUAUGAAUUACGAAAUGAAAAUGUUAGUCUACGAUCAUCUAUAAACAUUCAAACACACGAACUAGGAUCAGAAAUAAGCUAUUAAACUCUUCUUAGCGGAUUUUUUUUUCAUAUUUAAAUAUGACUAGAGAAAGUUACCCUUGGUAUUUAUAGAAAUAUGACCAUUCAAUAAAAGUAAAUUAUUGCAGAUUGUGAAGAUCUGAGGUUUCUUUUUAAUGUUAUAGAAACUAAUCAGAGUUGUGAAGUUACCAGAGAGUCUGGACCGAUUGUCCCAGAAAGGAAAUAGGAUUAGUAAAGUAAAAUUGUUGUUAUCCAGAGUGAGCAAGAUUGCCUGAAUAGGCUCCUAAUGUGGUCUAAACGUCUUCUGGUCUACGAAAAUGCCAGGAUUUGUGGAGAGAUGAAUAGUGUUUUUAAGAGUCUGCUUUAAAACUGAAGAGGGCUAGAAAAUUCUAAAGAAAGGCUCCGACACAAAACGUCAGCUUUCCUGCUCCUUUGAUACUUCCUGGCAUGUUCUAGCUCCACACUGUGUUAUCUCAGGGCUACACAAUGAUGGUUUCACAUUGUUGCCAAAGAAGUCUAGUAGAAAGUGCAGUAGAUUGUGAUUGUGUCAAGAGCAAAGGUCACGUAAAUUAUUAAUGGCAAAAUUGCCACCUGUUCUCUCGUUCCUCCUCGCCUUUGUGAGCUGCAUGAAAAAAAGUAAUUUUCCAUCUGAUUCCAUUCUGAAGAUGAGUCACCUUCAACACAAAAUGUUAACAACAUUUCUCUCUUCACAGAUGCUCUUAGGCUUGUUGAGCUUCGCGAGCACUUUCUGAUGUUAUAUGAAAAUAUUUAACUUUGCUUGGCUCCAUCCUUUUGAUCUCAGCAGCUCUGGAAGUGCAUUAGGUGGCUUUCCUCAAUUUUCUUUUUAAAUGAACCUUAAAUAAACUACCUCACCAGUACUCAUUCAGAAAAUACAUCACCAGAUUAAAUUGUUUUUCCUGUUUCCUAAAGCAUACCUAGCUUCCCUUAAAUCAUUUUUGAAAUGGUGGAAUAAUCCAACAGGGGAUCGUGAACAGCUGAUCCUGCACCACCUAGGAAAAUGUAAGGUAGUUUUAUUGAAAUAUUGAUAUGACAUUAUGUCUUAGGAUGGAAGUAGUGAAGAUGUCUUUCUUUAGUAGUAAAGAAAAGCUCUGUGACAUGCUUUAAGACUAAUUGAUUUCCCUCCCGAGAAAGACUGAGUUUUCUUUAAUUCUUUUGCGGAUUCUCCAGAAUAUUUUUCUUCUAAAAUGAGAAAUUCUAUUCUGAAAAUAAGCCCAUGCCCGAGCAGAUGGGUUUUUGAUAAAUGAAGGAGUCGAAGGCUAUGAGUAGACAGAAGUAUGGUUGAAAUCAUAACGGUAUCAAGUAGUAAGAUAUUUAAUCCUGGUGCAAUUGCAUUGGAGGGUUAAUCUGCUGUUGCGUCCUAACCUAUAUCCCAAUAAAGCUGUGUUGUAAUUUCAUUUUCUUUUACCUAACAAUAAGUAGGUAGAAAUUAUUUUUAAAAAUCACGAUGUAUAAAUAAAUUUUCAAAAAGGAAAACAGCAACUGAAAUUGAAAUGAUAACAUGAACACAAUUUCAUAGGAGGCUACCAAACAAAAGUUGAAUCUGAAUCUCACAGUGGUGCAUUAGGGUAGAUAACUCCAGUUUAUUGUUCAAAAAGUUAUGUUUUGUGAAGGAUUUAUUUGGGAAAUGACAAAAUGAGAUUCCCUGCCAGCGUUUGGGAAUUUUAUCAAAUGUAACAACUUGGAUUUUGCAGAAAGGCCAAAGUUCUUUUCGCUAUAAUUUGAUAAUACAAUUAAGUAAUUGUUUUGUGUGUUUAUUUUAACAUUGCAUGCAACUGGAAUGUUAAUUGAAUAAGAUAACAAAGUGGCUAGCUGGUCCAUGGUUAUUAUAAAGACAAAUUAUUUAAGUAUAUAUAAACACCGACUACUAAAUCUGUAAAGAUCAUGCCAAGAAAUGCUUCCCAAAAUCUCUUGACAGUGAAAUGCAUAGCUACACGAAUCAUACACCUUGUGGCCAAAAGAGAAAUUUUACAUCAAAAAUAAAUAUAU